UACUUUAAAUAGCCUUGUGUCUGGCUCAGGUUCAGUGACACAACACCCUGACACACACUUACACAGCUAGACCCAAUUGGGUGUCAGCAGUCCAUCUGAACACCAUUAACUCCCGUAGAGAACACUGACCUUGACUGUGAUCAGACACGUGUUGGAGUGUUGGCAUUAGCAGGAGGCAGUGUCACGUCCUGCCUGAUCCGAUUGAGAGUGAGAAUGAGAGCUGAUGUGGCAGAGUGUUCCUGAUAAACACUCUAAAAACAGUGUCGGUCACUCCACUAAGAAAGGCGUAGAGCUUCAUAACACUGUUUAGUCAGUUCCUCAAAAUGUGUGUGCUGAAAAGUAAUUAAUAUUAAUUGUGUGUGUGUGUGCGCGCCUGUCACACUGUCAGAGCACAUUAGGGCGGGGCCUUUCUCUGUCAUGUCACUUAAACUGACCUAGAUUUGACUCAAUACACUCUACAGCGGAGGAAGAUGUGUGUGCAAGUCCUGCCGUGAUCAGAUUACACACAAUUAUACACCUUCCCUCUCUGACCUUGAAAAUAGCUGUGCAGUCUUCUUUCUUGUCAACGACCUGCUGACUACUACACCGCUACUACAUGCUCUUCAGCCAACAAACAAGGAAUACAUUAUAAAACUCAAGCAUUGUAAUCAAACUCCCCAAUCUCCAGGUUCGCCUUUCCUUCUACGUCAAUCCCUCAUGAACACCUUCUCCUCCUUCUCCGCACCUCCUCCCAAUACACCAACCAUCCAGUCAGUGUGCAAGCCCUGCCUACGGGCCCCUUGGAGGAUGAACGAUGUGCCCACACUUGACUACGAGUUGCUGCUGUCCCCGGCCAGCGCCUCCAUCCCCGGCAGUCCUGGCGGUGGCAGCAGCAGCCCCCCUCUGUCCUUCGUCGUCGCCGACAACGAGCAGCGCACCGCCUUGGCCUUCGUAGGCCUCCUCAUGCUCUUCCUGGUCUUCCUGCUGGUCAGGUGCUUCAGGAUCCUGCUGGACCCCUAUAGCCGCAUGCCUGCAUCAUCCUGGACUGACCACAAGGAGGGGCUGGAGCGGGGCCAGUUUGAUUAUGCACUGGUGUAGGUUGAUGUGUACAAAGAGGGUGGAGAGGGGAAUGUUUCAUUGCACAGAGACAGAAUAUUUAAAACCAAUUUAGAUGUGGAAAUGGACUGUACAAAUUCAGAAUAUUGUGAAUGCACUCUUUGCAGAAGGUGUUCCUAAUGCUGCUGUAUGCCUGGUUUAUAUCACUGUAUUGCAGCUUUUGUACUGAUGUAAAUACGAGGCUGCAGGAAGCUAUGUAAGCAUAUCAAGUCUGGUUCAGUAACAGGCACACAGACCACUGGAAUCCCUGCAAGCCAAACACCCAGAUGUUGGACCGUGAAGGACAGAAAUAAUGAGCUGCACAGCUGCCUUAACCUGACCUACUGUACCCAUUGAACAUGCUACAACGCGCUACAACGUCAUCUUAGGGCUAGAUUUUCCAAACUCCAGAGCCUGCUAGUUUUCAAACACAAUAUGAUUUUGGGGAGAUCAGCUUUGCUCACCACAUAGUUAGAUUUUUUUAUGAGAACACUCGACAUACAGAACACAAGCAGAACUUAAAUGAAGGAGUUUACACUUGAGCAGAUGCCCCUUUAAGGAACCUAUAUCCAUUUUAAAGCAUCAAGUGUUAAGUGCUGAUCAAGGAGCACAAAUCCACACUUUUCUUUUUUACUUCGGACACUGAUCCUGGAGCAGCACUGCAGUUUCGAAUGCUUUUUAAGAAGCAGGUAGUUUAAGUCUCCAUAACAUUUUGUCUGUAUAUGUUUUGUGUGUUACUGUGUCUAUAACUGAGAAGCCAUAUUGAAA